GUAGGAAUAAACGGUAAACGGAAUCGCGUUCAAGCAAAGUCCCCGAGAUCGAUCCCAUUCGUUCUUCUCCGACUCGAAUAAUAAUAAAAUAAUCACAUGAAAAGAAAUCCUCAUUCGGUUAAAUCAUAUGAAUAACGUGUUAAAGAAAAUUAAUGAAAUUGUGCAAUAAGUAAAUGAAAUCAGAGAACAAUCAACGAAAUAAAAGAAUCUCUCAAGAGUAAACAGUUUUCAUUUCAAAAGAAUAAACAAAUCUACAGAGCAACAUUCUCUCACACGAUUGCUCUCUCUCUCUCACAUACACCCCCACAAACUCACACACACAUAUAACCAACAAACACAGCAACAUAAUGAGUGUUUGUGAGAGCAAAGCCGUUGUGCAACAGCAACUGCAACAGCAAUUGCAGCAACAAGCUGCCGCUGCUGCCGCCGUCGCAGCCGCUGCCGCCGUACAGCAGCAACAACAACAGCAACAACAGCAGCAGCAGCAACAACAGCCCCCGCAAGUGGUGGUGCCCCAGCCCCAUCUGACGCCCCAACAACAGCAACAGAGCACACAGAGCAUCGCCGACUAUCUGGCCCAAUUGCUGAAGGAUCGCAAGCAGUUGGCGGCAUUCCCGAAUGUCUUUACGCAUGUGGAGCGACUUUUGGAUGAAGAAAUUGCACGCGUGCGCGCCUCGCUCUUCCAGAUCAAUGGGGUCAAGAAGGAGCCGCUGACACUGCCCGAGCCCGAGGGCGCUGUCGUGACGAUGAACGAGAAGGUUUACGUGCCAGUUCGUGAACAUCCAGAUUUCAACUUUGUCGGUCGCAUUCUGGGACCACGCGGCAUGACAGCCAAACAAUUGGAGCAGGAGACCGGCUGCAAGAUCAUGGUCCGCGGCAAGGGCUCCAUGCGCGACAAGAAGAAGGAGGAUGCCAAUCGUGGCAAGCCCAAUUGGGAGCACUUGUCCGAUGACCUGCAUGUCCUGAUCACCGUCGAGGACACCGAGAACCGUGCCAAGGUCAAGCUGGCCCAGGCUGUGGGCGAGGUUCAAAAGCUGCUUGUGCCGCAAGCCGAAGGCGAAGACGAGCUCAAGAAACGCCAACUAAUGGAAUUGGCCAUAAUAAAUGGCACCUAUAGGGACACAACAGCGAAAUCUGUCGCAGUGUGCGAAGAGGACUGGCGUCGUCUGGUGGCUGCUUCCGACAAUCGCCUGCUGACGCCCGCCGGCCUGCCCGCCGGACUGGCCGCACAGAUACGUGCCCCCUCGUCGGCGCCGCUCGGCGCCCCAUUGAUACUGAAUCCCAGGAUGUCCGUGCCCACAACGGCGGCCAGCAUACUGUCGCAGGCACCGACUGGGGCCUUCGAUCAGAGCGGCCAUCAAAUGAUCUUUGCGCCGUAUGCGGAUUAUGCGAACUAUGCGGCACUCGCUGGCAAUCCUCUGCUCACGGAAUAUGCUGAUCAUAGCGUUGGUCGAUAUAUGCAUGCCGGCUCCGUCUUUUGAACUUCUAUCCCCACUCUCUAUUAUUUUUCCCCCUGAGUAAAAUAUACAGAAAAAUACAGAAACUCCAAACCAACUCCAAUCCACAAUCCAAUUCAAACCAGAAAAUUGUUAGCUUAAAGUUUUUUUUAGUUGCAGUCACAAAAACAUUGACAGACUGUAUGUUGUAUGCAAAUUAAUAUAUUUAGACACGAAAAGAGAGUAAACAAGCGGCACAACAAGAACAACAACCACAACAACCACAACAAAUACUCAAUGAAAAGAAAUAUGGAAGAAAGAGAGUGACAAAACAAUUGCUCGUCUAUGAAUUGGGUUUUUUUCUCUCCUAUUCUAUAGUUAGUCGAUAGGUCGCGAACUUGGCGAAAAUAAGUGAUUUUUAGGCCCUUUAAUCGUAGUCCUCCUUAAUCGAAAAGGACUCUUAGUUAUCCCCCGAUAUGUUUUUUGAUAUGAGUAUAUUCUAGUUGAGAACAGCAGCAGCAGCAGCAGCAGCAGCCACAGGCAGAGACAGUUGUUGAUUCUCAUUCAUUUUGGAGCCCUUGAGUAUUUUUUUUCCUCUUCAAAUUUUUGGUAGAGAGUGACCGACCGUUUGAGUGACAGGCAAAGAACUUUCAACCAAGUUGGCAGAGUUGCAAAAAUCUAUUAAAUAUUAUUAUAAGCAUUUUCUUUGUACGAUUUAAGUACGAUACACACUCGUAUGUGUGUAUAUCUUUUGUGGUUUAAGGGUCGUGUCGUAAGUGCAAUUUUUAGACUAGUAUUUUGUUUUAUUUUUGUAUUUAAUUGUUUGCAUAGUUAUUAGCGAUGAUUUAAUGAUGGGGCGGGACAGUAUUUAUGCACAAAUGUACCUUACGUUAGAAGAAGAACCGUUUCAAUUUUUCCAGCCAGUGCCAUUUGUCGGAACACGAAUACGAACACGAAAAUCAGAAUUGCAGCAGAGCCUCUAUGCAAAAUGCAUCUUAAUCUAUUUCGUAGUAAGAAAAGGAGCCUUGAAUCAAGUUGGUGCUUAAUUUAGAAUCUAAGUUUUAGUCGAGGCAGGCCGUCCAGGAUCACAGCAAACAGAAAUAGAGACAGGACAGAGACAGGAGCAGCACACAAAUCAAUCGCCAGGAAUUGAAUGCACAACUAGUCAGCAAAUCGAGCAGAAGAACAAUAUAUCAAAUCAAUAUACGACUACUACACAAACAAACAAAACCCAUAUAUAUAUUUCUAGAUUUAAUCAAAAGAAGGAGGGAAACCAUACACAGCAAAAACAUAUAUUAUUUCUAGAAUUAAACACACAUAGCCUUAGGCUAAAAGCGGCUUGAAAAUCACUUAUUUUGUGUCCAACAAUUAAAACAAAACAAAAAAAAAAACCAUUAUCAAAACUACACACAAACAUAUGAACGACUCAUUCCAAAGAAGCAGAGAAUUUAAAUGUUACAAAAAAGGAGAUGAUUUCCCCCCCAACCCAAAAAAAAAAAAUUGGCACAAAAAAGAGAAAGAGAAAGUGUGAAAUGAACUCGAAAAUGAGCAAGCAUAUGCAAUAUAUUUAUUAGUUGUAAGUUUUAUGCUACAUAUUUAGCGAAUAUGUUUACGUCUACAAUAUUUGAUGCCUAUAUAAUGCAUACAUACAUAU